AUGGCUGCCUCAAUGUCAAAGCUGUUUUUGGGUUUGCUUCUCCUUGCAUUCUUCACGGCCACAAACGCCCAACUCAAAGUUGGCUACUACGCAGAGACUUGCCCAAAUGCUGAGGCAAUCGUGAAGGAAGUGAUGGAUCAAGUCAUGUAUGUGGCUCCCAGCCUCAGUGGCCCUCUCCUCAGGAUGCACUUCCAUGAUUGCUGGAUCAGGGGUUGUGACGGUUCCAUUUUAAUAAACUCCACAAAGAACAACACCGCUGAAAAGGAUUCACCUCCUAAUUUCACCCUAAGAGGGUAUGGAGUCAUCGACAGAGUCAAGACAGCCCUAGAGAAGGAAUGCCCUGGAGUUGUUUCCUGCGCCGAUACCUUAGCCAUAGUGGCCAGAGACGUUACAGUUGCGACGAAAGGGAUGAGCUGGGAAGUCGAGACGGGGCGAAGGGACGGGACGGUGUCGACCAUGAGCGAGGCCUUCGGCCUGAUCCCGCCGUCGGCCAACAUCUCGACCCUGAUCGCCGGCUUCCGAGCCCGCGGCCUCUCCGUCAAGGACCUGGUGGUGCUACAAGGCAGCCACACCAUCGGAAUCUCCCACUGCUCUUCCUUCACUAACAGGAUCUACAACUUCACGGGGAGAGGCGACGUGGACCCGACUCUGGACUCGGAGUACAUCCCCAAGCUCCGGGGCAAGUGCCGGUCGCCGGCCGAUCAGACCACGGUGGUGGAAAUGGACCCGGGAAGUUUUAAGACUUUUGACGACGGGUAUUUUAAGCUCGUCGCUAAAAGGAGGGCUCUGUUCCAGUCCGACGCGGCCAUGCUAGACGACGUGGAGACCAAGGCUUACGUGGAGAAGUCCCUGACCGCUGGAUCUACUUUCUUGAAGGAUUUUGGGGAAUCGAUGGUUAGGAUGGGGAGGAUCGGCGUGCUGACUGGGCAAGCGGGGGAAAUCAGGAAAGUAUGUUACCAGAUUAAUUAA